CCAUUGAGCUGGACUUUGAGUAAAACUUGGGUCUCCCAACACUAAAAUCUGGCCCUUGUUCCACUCAGUCCUGCUGCCUUGACAUUCCAGUGCCUUUUCUAGUUUCUGACCUUGGCUGGCAGCCAGAGGCCAGUCAACCUGAGACACCACCUCAGCUUUCCAGGUAGUAUUUGCUCCCUCCCUCCCCACUAAGAUACAAAAAUUGGGGAAAGUGUCCUAGAUAGCCAAGUAGGCAGUUAUUAUAGGCAGAUCUGUAGUCCCAGAGGAGGGACUUUCUCAUCAUACUCUGUGGUUUAUGGAAUGACCCAUGCUUGUUUCAGCCUCAGUCUUAAGAGAACAUUUGCAAAAGCCCUUUUCUGCUUAUUUUCAACCAUCAUCUUUCCUACAUACUAAUUAUCAUCAAAAAAUGACCAGGCAAUUUAUCAUGCAAACCAGGAUACUUUAGUGAAAAAAGGCAUUAUUAAUUAUGCCAGGGCAAUAAGCACAAACCAGCACAGUUCUGGACAAACAGACAUUAUCCACUCUACUCAUCUUCCUUGUUCUCUGUGUACACUGAGUGAGCCAGGUGGCCUUAUUACCAUUCCUAGAAUACCCCAGGCCUUCUCCUGCCUCAGGACCUUCAUACUUAUUGUUCCCUCUGCUCUAAGUUUCUUACCCAAGAUAUACCCAGGGCAUGUUCCCUCACCUAGGUCAGCCUUUUACCCAAAUGGCACUUUCUCACUGAGGCCCUUCCAGACCACCUGAUCUAAAAUUACAACUCUCCCCCAAGCUACCAGUCUCCAUCCCCCUUUCCCACAUGAUUUUUCUCUAUAGUACUUGCUACCAACUAACAUAUUUGCUUUGCUGAUUGUCUGGCUCUUCACUAGAUUGUAAGUUCCAUGAGGGUAGAGACUAUAGUACGUUUUCUACCCUAAUGUAUUUCCUGCAUGGAGAACAAUAUAGAUGCUCAAUACAUAUUGUUUAUGAAUAAAUGAUUUUUUUAAAGUUAUUUUGCCGUCCUUUCCAAAUAGGUGGCAGUCCCUAUAUCCCACCUGUACAGAAAUUCUGAGCAGGCAGCAUUUGAACUGGGCCUUAAGAGAAAGCCACUCUUCAGGCCCCACCCAGGGAAGGUGGUAGCUGGACUGCCCUCUGUUGGGCCACACCUGCAUCCGAGGAUUCUGCAGUGCCUUAUCGGCUGGGCAGCCUCCAUGAUGAGGUAGCUCUGGUUUCCUGUUUGCGAGAAAUAGAUGAACACUGAGCCUGGCCCCACAUUCAGGCACCAGGACCUCCAGUCCAGUGGUGCUUUCUUCCUCCCAGUCACACUGUUCACUUUGUCUUUUAGCAGGGUUAAGCUGGGAGGGUGAAAGCCCAGCUGAGUCCUGAUGUGUGGCCAACUAUUCUCAAGGGCACUGAGGGUCAUCCUGAGAUGAGGAUCUCAUAUAAGUCCCCCAGGUGAGGCUUAAUCAACACUAGCUUCCCCUGCCACCAGUGCUUCACUGAGUCACACUCUUAGGCUUCAGUCUGGGUCAGGCACCCUUAGGAAUCAGGAGCCAGCAUCUCUUGGCCGGCAGCCCUGGUUUCUCUGGAGAAGAAGCCAUGGGUGGCUGGUUACAGGCUAUUACAGGCUUUAACCCUGAGCUGCCACCACCUCCCCACCAUGGUGAAGAUGUCAUUGCUUGGAAGGGACAACAGUGAGCCCAGCUCCUUGGACGACAGGACCCAGUCACUCUUGGAGAGUAGCGGUAACACCACGUCAGAGAAUGUCCAUCCUGAGGAAGCCAGCAGAUUAUCGUGAGUGGCGGCAUGGCCCUGCCAGAUCUCAGGUUGAGCUCAGCUGCCUUCACAGGCUCUGGGACACAUCUUCCUCCUUUCCUCUUCUUGACAUCUUUAUGCCCACUGAGCUGGAGAUGCAUGGAUGAAAGAUGGAACCUUCAGAAUCUAAGAAUGCUAAUCCCCGUGGCUCUGGCAAUGGCACUUGUUCCCCAGUUUUUGCAAAGAAUCCAGGUAGAGUAGCCAUCCCUGAUGUAAGCUGCCUGAUUCCCGGAAUAUUUUCUUAGGCUGGCAUAGUUCCUUCCUGGUUUCAGGCUACUUUCUUCUCUCCUACUUCUGCUAUUAUCCAUACUCUCUCUCUCUCCUACAAACACAUCCAGGAAACAAAAGGUUACCUCCUAGCCCUUACUUUUAGUGCCAUAAACUCAGAUAUGUAAAACCAUUUCUUAGGACUUUAUUACUAAUCAAUUAUCUAGUAAUCAGAUCAGAUAACAGCCAUGGGCAUAAUGAGAUUGUAAAUACCUGGUGUUGGUAAGAAUGUCAGGAAAUGCCCUCUCUCAUUGCUUUUGGGAAGAAUUAAACCAGUACCAUUCCUGUUAGCAAUGUUGUAAUGUAUGUCAAAUCUUAAAACAUUUAUAUAUGUCAUACAAAUAUAUAUUUAGCAUAUGGUUUCUUUGAAAGUAUAGACACCCACACAACAGGCAGUAGUGGCUGCUUCUGGAUUAGAGAACUGGGAGACUGAGAGGCAAAGGUAGAAAAGAGAUUUGUAUUUACUACAUACAGUUUUUUGGUUAUUGUUUCUGUUUUACCUUUAAAUUUUAUACUGUGUUAUUUAAGUUUCCUUUUUAAGAAUAAUUAAAUAAAAUUAAUAUAUCCUUUGAUCAAUCAUUCUACCUAUAGGAAUUUUUCUUGAUGAGAUAGCACAGGUAUGCAUGAUCAUUUUAUUGAAGCACAAGUUAUAAUAUUGACAAUUUGGAAACCAUGAGAUUAUUUAAGUUAUGGUACAGACCAUAGAAUAUAAUACAGCCAUUAAAAGUGCUGAAGGAAAUCUGUGGCUGUGGAAAACUGUGUAGGACAUACUAUUCAUAAAGAAAAUUAGUUUAGGAUACAGUAUCAUAACAAUACUCCUUAUGUGAAAUUCUGUGUAUUUAAAAACAAAUAAGGAUGCCCAGAGGAAUGUUAAUCAAAAUGUUAAUGCUGGUUAUUUCCAAUUGGUGGAAUUUUGGUAUUUCCUUUUAUAAUGGCCAUGUGUCAUUUUUCAAGAAAAAAUUCUAAAGCUAUUUUUUUUUAAAUGGUCUGCAGGAGUGCUCCAAAAGUGCAUUUUACUAUCUAAGGCCCUGACCUAUGAUGCUGUUAGCUAGGGCACAGUGGGUUCUCUAGAACUUUCUUACCUUUCCCAAGGGAUCUGAUACAACUGGGGCAAGCCACUGCUAUCGGACAGAAGUCAGAGAUGUAAGGAGGGGACAAGAACAGGGAGAAAGAGCACAUCUUUUGGAGAAAUUAUUAUCAAAGGAUUGACAAAAUAUUUUUUAAUUGAUUUUUUUUGCCUUCACAUAUUUCCCAGUAAUUGCAGUUAUCAAGAAAUAAGUUACCUCUUGAAAGUGAAGGGACAACAGUUUCCUCCAUCCUUAUGCGAAUAGACUGAACUCACAGAGAUGCAGGUCACAGAGUUCCCAAGGGCCCACUCUGUUCUCUCAGCCCGAGCCCUCUUCCAGGUUGUACUGAAAUGUAAAAGCCUGACACCCUAACCAACAAGACAAAGACCCGGAGACAGGAGUGCUGUCCUUUCGGGACUUGCUAUGUGACCUUGGACAAUUUAUAUCCCGCCUGCCUCCAGACAGUUCAAGACUGCAUAAGGAGACCCCUCCAUGGCCUCCCCAAGGUGAGCAUCACAGGUGGUGGCAAUGAGGAGGAGGAUGUAAUGACGGUGAUGAUGCCUCACAUGUGUGAAGCACUUCAUGAUUCCAAGUUCAUCAUGUCAUCCCCUCUUCUAUCCUUAUCACACCCCUGGGAGGGUGAUGUAAACCUUGAUCCAUUUAUUGAAAUGAAACAUCAGCACAGGGCUCCUGGGGCUUCCCCUGGCCAUGAUGAAUGCCGGCUUGUUGGUCGGUCCUAUCAGCCUGCUGGCCAUCAGGGUCCUCACCGUGCACUGCAUGGUCAUCCUGUUGAACUGUGCUUAUCAUCUAAGCCGGAGACUGCAAAGGACUUUUGUGAACUAUGGAGAAGCCAUGACAUACAGCCUGGAAGUCUGCCCGAAUGCCUGGCUGAGGACCCACGCAGUGUGGGGAAGGUUCUGCCUCUCAAAAACCAGAUGAAGCAUCCACAGCAGUUUUCAUUUGUUCUGUACUUGGGGAUGUCCCUUGUCAUCAUCCUCUACAUCUGCCUGGGGACACUGGGCUACAUGAAGUUUGGGUCAGACACCCAGGCCAGCAUCACCCUCAACUUGCCCAACUGCUGGCUGUACCAGUCAGUCAAGCUGAUGUACUCUCUUGGCAUCUUCUUCACCUGUGCUCCCCAGUUCCAUGUCCCAACUGAGAUCAUCAUCCCCUUCCUGAUCUCACAGGUGUCAGAGAGCUGGGCACUGUUUGUAGAGCUGUAUGUCCACACUGCCUUGGUCUGUCUGACCUCCAAGCAAUGUGGUAAUGCCAGCUAAGGGAUUUAUGGGCCAGAGAAAUUAAGAAAUGCACUCAAUAUAAGAACAAAGGAAAAACUGAAGGAACAAAACAGCAGCGGAAUCACAGAACCCAAGAAUGGACUAACAGG